CCCCAAUACAGUAUUGUUAUUUAUCGUCACCAUGCUGUACAUUGGAUCCUCAGAACUUUGUGAGUUUUGACCAACAUCUCCCCAUCUCCCCUGCACACACACACCCCAGCCCCGGGCUGGGGCUAAUCGCUGGCGCUCUGAACUGCCUUUUUUAGAUUCCACAUAUAAGUGAUACCCUACAAGACUCAUCUUUCUCUGGCUUAUUUCACUUAGCAUCACAUCCUCCAGAUGUAUCCACGUCAUUGCAAACAGCAGGAUUUCCUUCUUAUUAUGGCCGAAAGAGAUUGCAUUGUGUGUGUACACCACAUUUUCUUUUUCCAUUCACCCAUCCAUCAGCGGACCCUUAGGUCUUAUCUUGCUAUUGUGAAUGAGGCUGCAGUGAACAAAGAGAUACCUCUUGAGAGACUGAUUUCAUUUCCUUGGGACAAAUACCCAGAUGUGGGAUUUUUGCCUCAUGGGGUAGAUCUAUUAUUUUCACAGUAUUUUUUUUUGAGAAAGCAUCAUACCACUUUCCAUAGUGGCUGCACCCAUUUACAUUGCCACCAGACCUUAAUCGACUGAGCCACCCAGGCCCCCUAAUACUUUUUGAUGGUGACCGUCCUAACUGGUGUAUGGUGAUCUCAUUGUGGGUGUGAUUUGGUUCUCCCUGAUGAUGAGUGCGUGCACUGUAUCCAGAAAGACCAUGAGGAUCUGAUCUGGCUAGAGAGCAGUCCAGGCAGAGGAGAGCAUGUGCAAAGGCCCGGUGAGAAACAGCCUGGUGAGAACUUAGUGGUUUGAAUGGUCAACCCCCCACCCAAAAGAUAUGUCCACAUCCUUACCCCCUGGAACCUAUGAAUGUGACUUUAUUUGGAAAACAGUCCUUGCAGAUAUAAUAAAGUUGGGGAUCUUGAGCAAAGAUCAUCCUGGGUUAUCCAAGUGGGCCCUACAUCUCAUGACGAGUGUCCUUACAAGGGACACCCAGAGGAGAGACACUUCUAGAGAAGAAGGCCAGGUGAAGACUGAGUUGGGGAUGGAGGUAUGCAGAUACAAGCCAAGGAUCCCUGGAGCCCCCCAGGAACUACCCUUAGCCCACACAUCCAAGAUGGUGGUGAGACUAUGUCACAAGGGGCAGUCCUGGAGGCCAGGGCAGGACAGCAACAGCAGGGAGGUCUGUGGGCACCGCUCGCGGUGGGGAUGCCCUCUAUUGGCCCCACACGCACCCUUCACCUGCCAACCCCCCACCCCGCCUCGACCCCCUUCUGUCUCUCCCUUUCCAGGUUCCAUUCCACUCCGUCCAGUGCCCGGCCCUCCUCCUCCUGGCGCCUCUGUCCAUCUCCGGCCAGUCUUCCCUAUACAAGAUCCGGCCAUAGGCAUGAGGGGCCUCCGGCCGAGAUGAUAGUGCUGGCGCCAGCCGGGAGCCCAACAACCUCCCUGCUGCUGCUGCUGCUGCUCAGCCCUGGCCUCCGCGGGACCCCCGACUGCUCCUUCAGCCACAGCCCCAUCUCCUCCACCUUCUCGGGCACCAUCCGCAAACUGUCUGAUUACCUGCUUCAGGACUACCCAGUCACCGUCGCCUCCAACCUGCAGGACGACGAGCUCUGCGGGGCCUUCUGGCGCCUGGUCCUAGCCCAGCACUGGAUAGGACGGCUCAAGGCUGUGGCCGGGUCCCGCAUGCAAAUCCUACUGGAGGACGUCAACACGGAGAUACACUUUGUCACUUUAUGUGCUUUCCAGGACACCUCCCAGCAGCUGGCGGCCUUGAAACCCUGGAUCACCCGCAGGAAUUUCUCUGGGUGCCUGGAGCUGCAGUGUCAGCCCGAGGAGGACACUGAGGCCCAGCGAGACGAGUCACCUGCCAGAGGACACAGAGCUGGAACUCCGAGGAAGUCAGCUAGAGACUGGUCCCUUCCUCCACAGCGCUGCCCCGCUCACUCUCUCCCCAGGAUGGAGGCAACGCCAGCCCCCAGCCCCAGCCCCAACUAUCGCCAUCUGUACAAAGUCCUUGUCCCCAGGAAAUUGUAUAUAAAUCAUCCUUUUCUACCAGCUCUGGCCAGGUACUGUCUGUAGAUGGGACAGGGGGUGUGAGUCCUGGUUUUUCUGUUAAUGCAAAGUUUCAUCUGGUACCGAGAGACCCCCGACAGG